AUGGCUAAGAACCUCAUUCGUACCUCUAUGUCCAAGACUGGAAACUGGACUUUAGAUGAACUCAUAUCCAUCUGUGUGGAUGAGGAAUCUAGGAUCAAGGAAGAAAAGGAACCUGCUACGACCAUUAACCUUAUUGAGAAGCCUAAAAGGAAAAAGCCCCAGAAUAAGCUCAAGCCUAUCAAAGCCAUAACUAAGAGUUCAACAGCUGCAGUGGCCAAGGAAAACAGGCCAUUCAGGUUCAAGUGCUACUUUUGCAAAAGAGUAGGACACAUGAAAAAGGACUGCACUGGCUAUAAGAACUGGUUAGCCAAAAAGGGGAUUCAUAAGGAGGAGAAUCCCAAAAAGUGAUGAAGUGAA